GGAGGAGGAGGAGGAGGAGGAGAGAAGGAGGAGGAGGAGGAGGGAGAGGGACGAGGGCUCCAUCCGGGCAGGCAGCAGAAAGGGGCGAGAGGCGAGGUGCGUGGGACAGACCCGUCCUGCCGUCACCCUCGCGGCGAGCACGAGUCCGGGGGCGAUGGCGGCGUGGCAGCUCCUGCUGCUGCUGGCGGUGGCCCCGGCGCACGCAGCGGCGCCCCGGCACGCCGCGGUGCUGCCCGACGCCGGCGGCAGCGGGGACGGUGACGAGGUCUCGGCCGCGCCGCCCGCCCGCCCCGUGACGCCAGGGCCCGGCCCCACGGUGGCAGGGGACGCGGCGGGGACAGCCAUCACCAACAGCUCGGCGCCGGGCAACGUCCUGGACGGGCUGGUGGACUUCUUCAAGGAGUACAUGCUGCUGGUGGUGGUGGUGGGCUCGCUGGCCUUCGUCCUGCUCUUCAUCAUCUGCGCCGCCGUCAUCGUGCGGCAGAAGCACAAGGCCUCCGCCUACUACCCCUCGUCCUUCCCCAAAAAGAAGUACGUGGACCAGCGGGACAAGGCGGGGGGGACCCGGGCUUUCAGCGAGGUGCCCGAAAAAGCUCCGGACCCCGGCGCCGAGGAGCCCCUGGACUGCAGCCGGCAGCUGCAGGCUGACAUCCUCGCCGCCGCCCAGAGCCUCAAAUCCCCCCCCAAAACGCCGCUGGCCAACGGGGCCAGCGCCCGGGGGGAGCACGAGGAGGAGGAGAAGGAGGAGGAGGAAGAGAAGGAGGAGGAAGGAAGCGAGCCGGCAGGCGGCGAGCAUCCCGCCGAGCCCUCUCCCCAGAACCAAGAUGCUGCAGGAGCGGCGCCGGGUGCGGGGGGCACGGAGGAAGCCCCCGGGGCACCCCAGGACGCCCCCCCCAGCAUCUGA